AUGGCGCACCACAUCGCGCGCCAGAUGGUCGGAUCGGACGCCAACCUAGCUGACCGAGCACGACCAUCUUUCUCAGCUCCAAGCGCCUUCGGAGAGCUUCCGCCGCGAGCUGGAUCUUCAAGUUGGUUCACAAAUCCUUCGGUGGUGUUUCUUGAACCCACAUCGAGCAGAUCCCGUCAACAAAAUUCGGAAAAUGUAACUGAAGGUGAAGGAAGCUAUGUCGAAGAUUCAGAAGGUUUGUUGUUUGCUGAAGAUGCAAGCCAAUAUGAUUCAGAUGAUGGAGAUGUUUCUUCGCAGCCGCUGCCGCCCUAUGUUGGGAUGGUGUUUGACACAGUUGACGAUGCUCGCAAAUUCUACAAUGACUAUGCCUUCAAGUUGGGGUUUGGAACGCAUAUAUCUACUUCAAAAUUCACGCAGAAGAGAGGUCAAAAGAAAGAGGAUGCAACCCUCAUAAAAAGGGUCUUUGGAUGUGUGCACGCUAGAAAGCCCGUUAAAACGGAAACCAACAGCAGUUCAGAGAGCAUUGCAACUCGAACCAGCAACUCUAGUAGGCAGCCUAGUGAGGGGAUGGAUGUCACAAGAAAACGUCAAAAAAACAGAAUGCCGGAGCGUGUUAGGUACUACCGCUCGCACCGCAGCAUACCCAGCGAGGACUACCAACUAUUGUUGACGCUGCAUGAUGUGAACCUCUCCAAUUCAGAAUGCAUGAGCGUCCUUGGCAGGAUCCAUGGAGGUGACACUAGGAUACUCCCAUAUGUGAAAAGAGAUGUUACAAAUGAACGUGCAAAGCUCCGCAAAGGGUUAACAUUUCGAGACAUGGAUAUGACAGUGAAGUAUUUUGAGAGGAGGAAGGGUGAGAAUCCAGAGUUUUUCUUUGCGAAACAGCAAGAUCCUGCAACAAACUCAGUUACUGCAUUGUUUUGGGUUGAUGGGAGAACAAGGGCGUUGUACCCGAAAUACAAAGAUUGUGUAUUCUUUGAUACAACAUUCUGCACAAACAGAUACAACAUGCCAUUUGCUCCUAUAGUUGGUGUAAACAACCACCUCCAGACAAUUGCACUAGGAUGUGCCCUGUUGCCGGAUGAAACUAUUGACACAUUUAAGUGGGUUUUCCAGCAGUGGAUGGUUGCGAUGGAUAACGAGCAUCCUACCAACAUCAUGAUUGACCAGGACCAAGCGAUGGCAACAGCCAUUGAUCAAGUGUUCCCGAACACUUGCCACAGGUGUUGCAAGUUUCAUGUUCUUAGCAAUGCACGGUCCAAGUUGGGAAGGCUAUUGAGCAGAGAUGGGGCUUUUGCAGAUGUGUUUUACACUUGUAUCAACCAAUCUGAAACCGUGGAGGAAUUUGAGGAAACAUGGCAGCACAUGUUGCAUUGUUUUGAAGUUGCAGAAAACAGACACCUCAAAAAUAUGUGGCGAACAAGGUGCACGUGGGCUCCAGCAUAUUUCAAGGACAAAUUCUUCCCGUUCACGAGCACAACAGGCAGGUCUGAGGGUCUCAACUCAUAUUUUAAGACCCUGAUUCGACCAGCUGAUUCCGUUUGGAGAUUUGUGCAGCAAUAUGAAAUGUGUCAAGAAACUAUGCUUGAUCGUGAGGACAAUGCUGGAUUCACUGGUGAAACAACAGCUCCGCCUCUAUACUCUCGCUACAACAUCGAGGGCCAAGCUGCUGCGUACUACACCCGCACUGUCUUCGGUAAGUUUCAGAAACAGGUGACAGCAUCUACUGGCUUCAUUGUCAACCAAGGCACUGACUACCAAGGGCAAGGCGUCGUGUUUGAGCUGAAAGCAACAUCCUAUGAGAACCCGAAGCUGUAUUUUGUGCAUGCUGUGAAGGAUGAAGGGUUGUUUGAGUGCAGCUGCCACUACUUUGAGAUGAAUGGGCUGAUUUGUGCACACAUAAUAAGGGCGAUGGUUCAUCUCAAUGUGCAAGCAAUUCCACAACAAUACUUAUUGGAGAGGUGGUCCGAAGCAGCCACUACAAGCAUGGGUAGGACUGGCAGGUUGCUGGACUUUGGGCACCCCUCGACAAACACACUGAAAUACAACUCCUUGUGUCGAAGGUUGACAUGGCUUGCCUCUAAUGCAUGUUGCAAUGAUGAUGCCUAUAGAAUAUUGGAUGAUGCAAUUAAAGCCCUUGAGCCUGCCAUAGCAGCGGCCAAGAGAGGAGCCACUCCUGAUCAACAAGCCACGCAACAUAGUGAACCUCCAACACCACCCGCUGCGACGACGGUAACAGUGAAUGGUGACAUGCCACAACGAGAACGCUCCGAUAUGCUGCAAAACCCAGCUCGUGUGCCUAAGAAAGGCCGACCAACUGACAGAGAGAAGAGAAAGAAGACCCUUGUAGAGCAGCGAGAUGAUGAACAAAAAAAGAAGAUGAAACAACAAGGGAAAAAAGCAACAACAUCGGACAAGACAACAGCUCAAAAAAGGACUGUUCGCUGCAAGCACUGCAAUGAAUUGGGACACAAUAUUCAGACAUGUGGCACCCUAAAAGCUGCGAUGGAGGCGGCAGCAGCGCCCUCAAAAUGCCAAUUCUGCUCUGGGAUUGGACAUGCAGUCCCAGAAUGUCAAUACUUGAGAGCUGUGAUGGCAAAUGAUCAAAGAGUUGCCCAAAUGACGCAACUGAACCUGUAG